GGGCCAGGCUGGGCUGGGCAGUGGCGGGCGCCUGGCGUUGAGGGCGGGCUCCCGGAGCGGGCGCCAUGGCCCUCACGUAGGGUGGCGGAGGAUUGGCCGAGUCCAGGAUGCCGGCGUGGCGGCGCGGCGAGUCCUCACUCAUCGCAGAUGUCGACCACCUUUCUGAAGUAGAAAUUCCAUGGCCUGAACGUUUCUUGAAAACCAUUUUGAGCAAAAUAUCUGCCUAAUAACAAGACAACCACAUCAAGAUGGUUGGAAAACUGAAGCAGAACCUACUAUUGGCAUGCCUGGUGAUUAGUUCUGUGACAGUGUUUUACUUGGGCCAGCAUGCCAUGGAAUGCCAUCACCGAAUAGAAGAACGUAGCCAGCCAGUCAAACUGGAGAGCCCAAAGACUUCUGUGCGAACUGGCCUGGACAUCAAAGCCAACAAAACCUUUGCCUAUCACAAAGAUAUGCCUUUAAUAUUUAUUGGAGGUGUGCCUCGGAGUGGAACCACACUCAUGAGGGCCAUGCUGGAUGCACACCCUGACAUUCGCUGCGGGGAGGAAACCAGGGUCAUUCCUCGAAUCUUGGCCCUGAAGCAGAUGUGGUCACGGUCCAGUAAAGAGAAGAUCCGCUUGGAUGAGGCUGGUGUCACUGAUGAAGUGUUGGAUUCUGCCAUGCAAGCCUUUUUACUAGAAGUCAUUGUUAAGCACGGGGAGCCAGCCCCUUAUUUAUGUAAUAAAGAUCCGUUUGCCCUGAAAUCCUUAACUUACCUUGCUAGGUUAUUCCCCAAUGCCAAAUUUCUCCUGAUGGUCCGAGAUGGCCGGGCAUCAGUACAUUCAAUGAUUUCUCGAAAAGUUACUAUAGCUGGAUUUGACCUGAACAGCUACAGGGACUGUUUGACCAAGUGGAAUCGUGCCAUAGAGACCAUGUACAACCAGUGUAUGGAAGUCGGUUAUAAAAAGUGCAUGAUGGUUCACUAUGAACAACUCGUCUUGCAUCCUGAGCGGUGGAUGAGGACGCUCUUGAAGUUCCUCCACAUUCCGUGGAACCACUCAGUAUUGCACCACGAAGAGAUGAUUGGGAAAGCUGGGGGAGUGUCUCUGUCAAAAGUGGAGAGAUCCACAGACCAAGUCAUCAAGCCUGUCAACGUGGGAGCUCUGUCAAAGUGGGUCGGGAAGAUACCUCCAGAUGUUUUACAGGACAUGGCAGUGAUCGCACCCAUGCUUGCCAAACUUGGGUACGACCCAUAUGCCAAUCCACCCAACUACGGGAAACCCGAUCCCAAGAUCCUGGAGAACACCAGAAGGGUCUACAAAGGAGAAUUUCAGCUACCUGAUUUUCUUAAAGAAAAUCCCCAGACCGAGCAAGUGCAGUAGCACAGCCUGGAGUGGCCUUCUCUCCCCAGGAGAAACUGCUGCCUUUUGAAUGGAAGGGAACUUCCUAGCGUGGCCCUCAACCCCUCCUAAGAGCAGUGGGAUGUGUGCAUGGCUCCUGUUCUUCACCAACCUCCUCCCACUGAGGGGUGGAGGUGUCACACACCUGAUUCCUGAGCAAGGCACUCUUACCAGUGACACCACAGCCCCAUGGAGAAGAGCCCAGGGGGCUUGUGCUUCUGCUACAACUGCUCUUGUACCCCCUCUUCCUCCAGAUUCCAGACUUUGUGUUCAAGGGGCGGCUUAAAAAUGGCAUUCCGUGAGCAAAACUGGGCAUUUCAUUUUGGACUAGGUUGUCUACGUGUUCCAGUGUUUCAUAGAGCACUCAUGCCGUUUAAAUGUACUGAUGUGGAUAAUACUGAAUAUCUUAAUUAUUUAAAUAAUUCAUUGUAUUGUUUCUGAGAGGUUGGGAAA